CGUCACGGGCGGUGCCCGACGGCUGCGUCUUCCCGGCCGACCGGUCGGGCGGAAGCGGGUGUGCGGAGGCCCCGCCCGGUCUGCGGGCCACUAGCGCCUCCUGGCCACCGAGGGAGAACGAGGUGCGAGCCUGGCGGCUGGUGCUCGGCGCCUGGGCCCUCACCCUGUGUUGCCCAAAGCCCCGGGGCGGCGACGACGAUGGACUGCGAGCCGGCCGGUCGCGCAGCGGCGGGAGAAGCGGUGGCAGCGUCUGCAGCGGCCGCGGUGUUCGGGGACCGGGCUCGGCAGAUAAGUAAUGAAAGAGGCUUUGAAAAUGUAGAACUGGGAGUCAUAGGGAAAAAGAAGAAAGUCCCUAGGAGGGUCAUCCACUUUGUGAGUGGUGAGACAAUGGAAGAGUACAGCACAGAUGAAGAUGAAGUUGACAGCCUAGAGAAGAAAGAUGUUUUGCCUACUGUUGACCCGGUAUGUUUGAUGUUGGUAAUCCUUGCAUCACUGGGUUUUUGUUUUGGGUAAUUUGUUGCUCCUUGAACAUUGAAUGGA